AUCGUGUAGCAAGCUAUCCCGCCAUGCAUUGUGCCAAAAUGGUGUGCUGUACAGAAGGAGUUACCGGAAUGUAGUAGAUUAGAUGCAAAGGAAGGGGAUAGUAAUGGUUGCAUUUGCGUAAUCCACGAGGCGGCAUGUCUGAGCCUGAAGAUUGUCACAGCUCAUUUACAGAGGGUUCAAACCUCUUUGAUUACCUUAAAGAAGAGCAAACUGGCUCAAGCAGGGCACAGAUAGGCUCAAGUAAUGGUGGACCAGAACAGAAUGCAGUUGAAAACAAAGUUGCAGAUGCCAACAAGAACACUAAUGUGGUGCAAUGCACACAUUCAGAGCCCGGUAAAGAGGAAGUCAUGGAUGCUGAAGUUAGCUCUAUUACAUGUAAGAGUAAUUCACCAUCGUUAGAAGAAUGCAUUAUCACCCCCUUUGAUCAAGCCAAAGAAAAGGAAUCGGACACAACACAUAGUAGUGAUAGAACUUCUAAUGAUAUUGAUGUUGCUGCAUUAUCACCUUGUUUUCCACUGAUAAGAGACAAAGAUGACAUUUCAGACACCGAUAAUGAAAAAGAAACCCAUCUUACUGACAUUUGUAAACAUAAAAAUGAAAAUAUUGAAUUAGACGCUGAGACAAGCACUGAUGCUAAAGACAAAUAUUCAAAUAAACCAAGUGUACAAAAUGAAUUUAAGGACAUAGAGGCUAAAGUUGAGACUAAUAAUACUGCCAAAUUAAAAGAAAAUAUUGAAUUAGAAGACAUUGAAAGUAGAGGAAUCAAUAUUGUCUCUUCAUCCUUGGAUAAGAAGAAUUUUGUAUCUGAGGGUGCCAGUGGUGAAGAGAAAGUCCCCUGGAAUCCAGCAGCAUAUAUAUGCGAUUCCUCUAGAGAACCUCAAAAAGAAAACUCAGAUACUCCUCAAAGCGCUGACGAAGGAGAUGUUAACAAGCUGAAAACUGAUCAUUGUAGCGAUGAAGAUGCUGAUAACAGUGGAGAGGCAUCUGGUGACAUAUCAUUUGUAUCAUCUUUGGAAGACGACGAUGAUCAGGAGCCAGCACAAUACAACCAAGUAACCGAGAAUGUCUAUUUAGUUGAUAAUGUUGUUUCUUGUUCUAGAAAAAAGACGAGACUCAACAAAGAGAUUCGUAGAAUUAGAUGUGACUGUGUUUAUGAGCCAGAUGAACCGGGUUUUGUCGGAUGUGGAUCCAGCUGCCUAAACCGAUUGCUCAUGAUAGAAUGUGGCAAUAAGUGUGGUUGCGGGGAAUUUUGCACAAACAAGAAUUUUCAGCGUGGUUGUGUUUAUGACUUAGAAGUGUUUAAAGCAGGGAAAAAAGGUUGGGGAGUACGAGCAAACGAAGCCAUCGAGGCUGGUGCCUUCAUCAUUGAAUAUUGUGGCGAAGUUGUGAAUUACAAAGAGUUCAUGGAGCGGACCGAGACGUAUGACCUGGAAAAAAGAAAACAUUAUUACUUUAUGCUGCUUAAAGGAGACGAGGUUAUUGAUGCGACAAGAAGUGGUAGCAUCUCAAGGUUUAUUAAUCACAGCUGCAACCCAAACUGUGUCACUCAAAAGUGGACAGUCAAUGGAUUCCUCAGGGUUGGUUUCUUCUCGCUGAGAGAAAUCCAAGCUGGUGAAGAACUCAGCUUCGAUUACCAGUAUCAACGAUAUGGUGAGAAAGCUCAGAAAUGCUUUUGUGGAUCCGUCAGUUGUCGUGGCGUGAUUGGCGGCAAGCAAAUGGUUCUAAAGCCGACAGGUUCAAAUGGCGAGUCUUCGAAAAGAAGAUCCAAAAAGAAGACAUCUGAUUAUGAAUCAGAUUGCAAGCUAGAAGACGAUAUUAGUGAGCUACUUGGAGACGAAAACAAAAUUACCAGCACGAAACAGGCUUUGGAACUCACCAGGUUGAUGGUGAAAACCGAAACUAUUGACGAUCGAAUUACUCUUUUAAAAAUUGUUCGGAAUCAAAGCGACUCUAAAGCUUUAAAAGCUUUCAUCAGAUAUAAAGGGUUAUCCUUAUUAUGGAGCUGGAUGGUUGAUACGCCGGCAAAGGACAUGGUUUUCAGAUCGGAGGUACUAAAUACGCUGAAAAUAUUACCCAUACCUAACAAAAAUCAUUUGGUGGACAGUAAAAUAUUGCCUCUAGUUGAAAAGUGGUCGCAGUGCAAUGAUUCACCCGACUCUUGUACAACGAGGUCGGAUGAAGAUGGCAGCUCAAGUGAAAACGAAGCUGGAGGAGCAGAUGUCAAAGGAGAGGUAGACAUUGAUAAGAAAAAAACCGACAAAUCUGCGAAAAACUCUACUGAGUCUAAAAAUGCAUCAACUGACGAAGAAUCUGAAUCUGAGAAGCAAGAAAUAGUUGAAAGUAUGGCAAAUGAGUUAUUGGAUAACUGGAAGCACCUCAGGGAAGUCUUCAAAAUCCCAAAGAAGACGCAGCUUACCCCUGAGCAACUUAAACCGGGCACUGAUGCUUCUUCAUCUCCAGUCGAUGAAAAAAGGAAUGGCAAACGGAAGAUAGAAGGAGACAAAGCACAUAGAUUAUUUUCACCCAACAAACGUCCAUUUGGCCCUUUGCCUGGACAAAAGACACAGUCUCCUAUCCGACCGUUUCCACAAGAACCAUCAACAUCGCCGUUCCGACCAGAAUCCCCAUGCGUUUCUGUGGCAUCUCCGUCCACAGGGUGGCAAGGAAGUUCUACCGACGCUACUGACAAUGUACAGCAGAAAGAUUCCUCAAAAGCAAGUUUGAUACAGAGGCUGUUGAAGAUUACAUCAGAAACAAGAGAUGAAGAUUCGCAGGGUGAUAAUUCUGAGAGACGAAAUAGCGACAAAAAGCCCUAUGGCGAGGAUAUGAAGCAGCAACGAGGUCGUGGACGAAUCAUCAGAGGUGGAAAUAAUGCUCCUUUCCGUGGUAGCCCAAAGCCUCAUGACGAUUUUGGUGUGGAUCGAGGUAACUUUCGUGGAGGAAGAGGGGUUCGUGGGCGAGCACGUGGGCGAGGAAGGGGAAAUUCGCAUCACUUUGGGCGACAACAUCACCAGUUCAAUGAUGUGGCUGAAAGACAGCCUUUGCCUGGAGUUAACAGUCCGUUUGGCAAACGCGAUGCUGAUCCUGGCCAGGGACGAGACUUUGCAGGAACAAGCGGGAUGCUAUUUCAUCAAGAUGGAAGCCGAAUGCCGAAUGAUGGAAGCAGGAUGCCUUCACCAUACAACUACCAGACUUUGACCAAGCCACACCGAGAAAGACCCAGUCAUCCCCAUGAUGCAGUCCAUCUGGAAAGGCAGCAGAACAUUCACAAUGAAAUGCCCGAUACUUCGUCCCAGAGGUUCUCUCCAAUGCGACACCCACGACCAAACCUAAAUCGCUUUGGAAAGCCAGGUCAAGAAUGGCAAGCGCCCGGUUCUCCAUUCAAUAGCUUUCGAAACCAGGCCCAACAAGGAUUCAAUCCAGCAGGGAUGCCCGCCAGCAUGAAUCCGACCAUCAAUCCAAGCAAUGCUCCUCCACCUCACUUCGGAACGCCACCGCUGUCUUCGCGACCUCCAAUGGCUUCACAGCCCCCUCUUUCGUCCCAGUUACCAUUGACUUCACAACCCCCUCCCUUGUCUUCUCAUCCGCCCCCGCAUAACCUGCCUACGCAGACAAAUCCUAUGCAAAACUGGAAUCAUAAUUGGCCAAUCCCUCCACGCCAGGGCUACCCCCCACAGAAUCUGCCACAGCCUUUGCCUACUCAGAAUCUGCCACACCCUGCUGUUAAUCCAGUGAAUUUAGUUAACCGCCCCCCGUCCCUACCAAAUACCAACCCCACGCCAGUUCCCCCGUUUCCUUUCAAUCCGGACCGAAUGCCAAACCAAGCAAUCGUGCCAUCGCCACAACAGCCACCUCCAUUCUUUGAAGCUCCCCAGCAACCACCGGUUCUUCCGAAUAUGCCUCCUAAACCGUUUGUUCCAAACACUGGACAGGAACACAGUCAGGCGACCACUGCCUCCAUCAUUAAGCACCUUCACGAGCUAGCUCAGCAAAGCAAGUUAGUCAGUGCGCAGCAGCAGCAGCAGAUACAACAGCAACAGCAACAGCAACAGCAACAGCAACAAGAACAGAAACAACAGUUGCAACCAAUUGAACAGAUGCCUCUUCAAAAACAGCAACAACAACAAAAUCAGCAACAGCAGCAGCCACCAAAAAUAGAUAAAAUUGAAGAUUAUGGACAGAAAACGCCAGAAACUGGUGUUGACAACGGAAUUUCAUUUGUGACCCCGGUGAAGGAAAAGCAAAAGUACAGAAAAUCUACGGGAACCCCUGAAGUAACGGAAAGCAGCUCAAAAACCAUCUCUUCCUUGCCGCCAAACUGGAAAACAGCGACAGAUCCCGAGGGAAAGGUCUAUUAUUAUCACGUGAUCACUAGAAAGACCCAAUGGGAUGUUCCGAAAUGGGAGGAAGAAGACGCCAAGAAACAACCAAAUAAUCGUUGUAUUUUGCAGCAAAGAAGCUCGUCGUCCAUCACUGCCGGUCCAAGAACCCCGCCUGCGUCUCCUCCACACUCGCCAAUAUCCCCCGCACUCUUCUCUGAAAGACCUCAAGCCAUUUCAGAUCCUUCUGUCAGCACGACGCGAAUGAGCACGGGACAUUCCUCGGGACAGACUGAGCACCUGACACCUAAACAGCAAAAAAUUAGGGAUGUUUUUAAAAAUAAGUUAUCUGCUGUUGUUGUCAACUGCCUGAAUCCGUAUCAAAAAGUCGAUUGUAAACAGGCAAGGAUCGCAAAGAUUGAAGAUUUCAAAUUUUUAGCAAGAAAACUCACACACGGGUUGAUGAUGAAAGAGCUGGCGAGAGUAAAAGCAGACGAGGAACUUGAAUGCAGCGAUUCUGUAAAAAUUAAAGUCAAGGAGUAUAUUAGGAAUUACAUGCGCAAAUUUGGUCAGUUUUACAUCCGAUCAUGACAAUGAAAACCGAAAUAAAUUCAACUAUGUUUGAAAUUUUCGUGUAAAUGGGGAAAUUAUGGAAGGAGAGAGCAAGAGAAAACGAAGAUUUGGAAUGCAGAACUCCACUGUUGUUGUCAUUAUCAUUUGAUAUUAUUUAAUUUUUUGAUGCUAAUAAUGUAUUUUAUUUUGAACUGUGUGGAAAUUAGAUUUUUGUUUUUAAGCGGCGGGUAUGGUGGUUGAUGUAUUGGAAAAUUUUCCUCUGAGAAAUCGCCUCUGAGAAAUUUUUAGGGGUUCUUUCUCAGAUUUCGCCCAGUGAAAAAUCGUUUAUAUUCGCUAUGUAGUCAUAUGAUUUUUCAGAAGUCUUGCACAGUGUAAGGUUAUAAGAGGUUAUCAUAAAACUCUAGCAUGUUUUUCUAACCAUCGUACAUUUAACUGUUUAAAGGAUAUGAUUAGUAAACAGGACUAAAACUGAGUACCAUCCAGAUUCUUUCUUCUCCCUGCUGUAGCAGCUUAGUAUCUGAUUCUUGGGUAUGUGGAAUAAAUGCCCAAGUCCUGCACAUUAGUCUUUGAUUUCCUCCCCGUAUCAGUUACAUGUUUUGAUUCUAGUUGUGGUUUAUUUAUUGGUACACAUAAACAAAAGUAUCUCCUGGCAUAGCCUGUCACAUUUAAUACGUAGGUAACAUCAACUAACGAUAACAAGCCGCUCAGUCAAGGUUUUUAGGAAUAUCUGUGGGCAUCUGCGGGUAUCUGUGGGCAUCUGCGCGUAUCUGUGGGCAUCUGCGCAUAUCUGCGGGUAUCAUGCGUUCCCCAAGAACGUAGAAGCAUCAAACAAUGUAAUCGACCUUCUAUAAUCGUGUAAUCGUCUCUCAUGGAAUAGUGACUUCCUAUUUCUCGGAAAGCCUGAGGUUUUUAAAGCAUUUGCCAAUAGCUAUUUGAUGUAUAUAAAUGUAGUCUUAUAAUGAAACAGUAUGGCCGCACAUAAUCACUAUUGACUGUGACACAUUCAUAAUGUUUCUUAAUCUAAGCAUGUUUCAAUUUUCAUAAAAACAUU